ACAGCUGUUCCAACAACCACAGCUUCUACAACAACAAAUACAGCUCCAAUAGUGACAAUAACAGCUGUUCCUACAACCACAACUCCUACAACAACAAAUACAGCUUCAACAGUGACAAUAAGACCUGUUCCUACAACCACAGCAACAAAUACAGCUUCAACAGUGACAAUAACAGCUGUUCCUACAACCACAACUCCUACAACAACAUCUACAACAAUGGGAGCUUCAGAGGAAACAACAGUGAGCUUGACUGGUCAAGCAGAAAGCAUAGUGGAGACCCGAAGUGCGAGAAAACGGCGGAUCGCUAGACAGGUGUUUAUGGUCCUGGGUGCUUGUUUCUGCUACGUGGCACUGGCCAUCUGCGCUGCCUGGCCCAACCCCGCUAUACCGGAUCUCCUGAGGCACAAUGCCACCGUGUAUGGCACUCCGAUGACCUUUUCGACUGGCAGUUAGAUAUGCUAGGCAGCAUGGUAUCCGUGGGCAACAUUCCUGGAACAUGGCUCUGGGGGUUUCUCGUCGCCGCCAUCGGUCGAAAGAGAGCCAUCAUGCUCCUUGUAGUGCCAUAUACCCUUGGCUGGUGUCUGGUGGCACUGGCAGUCAACCCCGCGAUGCUUUUGGCCGGCAGGGUGGUGCACGGCCUCUGCAUCGGCGCCACCUUCAUCGCCGGAAGCACUUACAUCAUCGAGCUCCCCGACACGGCCGUCCGCGGGGCCCUCGCCGCCCUCCCGAGCCUCGUCCUCAGCACGGGCUUCAUCCUCACGACGGGGCUGGGGCUGGUGCUGCGCUGGUACGAGAUCGCGAUCGUGGGCGUGGGCGUGAUCGUGGUCCAGACGUGCGUCAUGUCCUUCCUGCCGGAGAGCCCCUCUUACCUGGCCAUCUCCGGGCGCGAGGAGGAGGCCAUGCGCGUCCUGAGGGAUCUGAGGGGGCCCUCCGUCGACGUCGGGGAGCUGCUGAGGAUCCUGAAGGAGUCGAACAAAGCCUCGGCGAAGGAGCCCCUGCACAAGGUGAUGCGCAACCCGGCCAUCCUCAAGUCCCUGGCGACGGUGCUGACGCUGUUCUUCGUCCAGAACUUCUGCGGGCUCAUGGUGUUCUACGUGAACAUGACGAGGAUCUUCCUGGAGGCGGGGUCGACGCUGGACGAGAGCGUGGCCACCAUCCUCGUGUUCCUGGUGCAGGCCGUCGGCACCGCCCUCGCCUGCCUCUACCUGGACCGGUUCGGGCGCCGCACCUGCCUCAUGUUCUCGCUGGCGGUCAUGAGCGUCUGCCUGCUGGCCAUGGGCGCGUACCACUUCCUCAGCGGAAACGAAGGAAGAGAGAGCUACACGUGGGUCCCCCUCGUGUGCCUUAUGGUGUACAUGUUCGCCUCCAGUUCGGGCACGGGACCCAUACCCUCCAUUCUCAACUCUGAGUACUACCCAACGGCUGUCAGAUCGCAG